AUGACCUAUGACCUGAGGAUGUGUCAGGAUGUUGUGCAGGAAUAUGAGAGAGCAGUCAUUUUCAGACUCGGUCGGUUGAUUGCAGGGGGUGCAAAAGGACCAGGUUUGUUUUUCAUCAUCCCCUGCAUCGACUCUUACACCAAAGUGGACAUCAGAACCGUGUCAUUCGAUGUUCCUCCUCAGGAGGUUCUGACGAAGGACUCUGUGACAGUAGCUGUUGAUGCUGUGGUGUACUACCGCGUCCAGAACGCCACCAUGUCAAUUACAAACGUGGAGGAUGCCAACCGAUCUACACGUCUGCUGGCUGCCACCACACUGAGAAACGUUCUGGGGACCAAGAAUCUCAGUGAAAUUCUGUCCGAAAGGGAGACAAUCAGUCACUAUAUGCAGGGUAAUUUAGAUGAGUGUACAGACCCCUGGGGUAUCCGGGUAGAGAGGGUGGAAAUGUAAGUAGGAUCUGAAGUCGUUUUUCUUC